UGUUUCCGUUAUACCGAUAUGUCACUGAGGGGGAGGGGGAGGGGGAGUUAAAAGGCCUGCAACGCGGGCUAAAAAAAUAGGCCUUCGCCAAAGAACUAAACUUCUUUCGAUAAUAGCACCCCGCCUACCCCUUCCCCGGGUAUUUGUCAGAAGCAAAUAACCCACUGGAAAAUAAGCCUUCUAAAAAUACUUUUGGAAUACAUAUAUAUAGGGCCGGGGAAGUGUCGGAAUUUUAUGGUAUGUUACAACCACUUUUAUAUGCCAAUGGCAUUUGAAACACACAUUGUAAGUCUAUAGGGUACUAUGUAGAAUAAGAGAAGGAAUACUUCCCAGGCUUAGUAAUCACCUAAGUCUGGGAGGUGAAAGAUGAGGAAUUAUCAUAAAGAUAAGACAGCCAAUAGGCAUUCCUUCUCUAAUCCCACAUAAUCUCUUUAUAAAGGUUACAAACUUCUAUCCACUUUUCAGAAAGUUUCUCUCGCAGCGAAACAACUUACCCGAAUGAGUAUGCAAAUUAAUCACUGGUAUCUAAGUGGCAUAUGUAAACGCAAAAAUAUACUACUAAGAAGAUUGAAUGUAACGUGUAAGUUAAGUAAAGGUGGAUUAAACAUUGAAAUUCUGGAAAUUAAGUUGUUCCUUAUUUCUGUCAGGGAGUAGCCCGAACUCUCGAGCUAGGAAAGAAAUCAAACUUUCACCGCCCGGUUUAAACCUUUCUAGCUUCUUGAUCUCAGCCUGAUAACGGGGAGGAAACCACUCUUAACAUUUGCUGCAGUAGGUUCUCUGUCGUUAACAAUAAAAAGGCGAUAAUUAAUCAGUAAAACGUUGAAGUGGCGGGUUUCAGUCACGCAGAAAAAUCUAAAGACGACAAUGAGUGGAUUAAAAACUAACCUCCAAAGCACAUUUUCUGCGAAUAAGCAAACAGGCAUAUAACUCAGAAAAAUUAAUUGUUAGGUCCAUGAUGAAUAUCUCACUGUCUAUAUACCACCAUGGGUCAGAUCACAUCGGGUAUCAGGCCAGAUGAAAUUGCAUUCGUAAUGUUACUGGAACUCUUGCACUCUGUUUACUUAUUUUACAUCUUAUUUUUAGCAUGAGCGUAGCCUGUGUACAGGCUAGCACGAGAGCAUGGUCUAAACUUUGAAGCAAUACGCGAAUUACCCGGAACUUAUUCUCGCUGACUGGUUUUCGAUUCCUCUGAUAUCAGUAUCAUUUCAUUCCAUGAAAUAAAGCAACAAACAACAAAAGAGAGCCGCGUAAACAACGUGGAAUUCGAAACUGUGUGACAAUUAACACUUAAUGACUGGUUCCGGUGGGAACGGUGAAUUUUGUUUCUCGAGAAGUCGAGGGAAACAUUGAGACUGGAGGGAAGCAAAAUUUACUGCUUCCAUCGGGACCAGUCAAACCGGGUCAAACCGGUGGGAAACAAAUGACGUGCAACAGCGGUCAACAUUUCGCAGGUAACAGUGAACUGUUUCCCGUUUGACGUCAUAGUUUUCGCAAUGUUGUCCGCUCAUGGCAUUUCGUGGGGAACAGUUUCAUUGUUACUAGCCAAUGAAUGGCCGCCCUGUAGCGGGAAAAGCAACGCAUAAGCUGGGAAAAACCCUCCCCUCUCGUAUCUCAAUUCAAUUGGUCCAUUUGUGAACGAGUAGCGAUCUGGGACGAGAAUUAUAACAGACACCAAGAUGGCGGUAGCGGUUUAUUGUAUUAGUUUGGCUUUCUUCCUACCAGCAUUUUUAAGUUUCCUCUACCGAAAAUUUCGCCUACCUAAGCUUAAAGCGGAUCUCGCUAAGUCUUUUCUGAGGAAGGACAUAUCAGACUUGAACAAACCAGCUAUUAUUGCUCAUAGAGGGGGAUCUUCAGAGGCACCAGAAAAUACUUUGGCGGCUUUUCGAACAGCGAAAGAAAACGGAGCCACUGGCGUCGAGUUUGACGUGGAUUUUACGAAGGAUGGUAGAGCUGUUGUCAUUCAUGAUUCCACAGUGGACAGAACCACUGAUGGAAGCGGUCCUGUGAGUAAGUUUAUCCUCGAAGAAAUCAGAAAAUUAGACGCAUCAGCAAAACAUUGCCUGAGAGACAAGUUUCCUAAGGAGAAAAUCCCAACCUUGGAAGAGGUUGUAGAACUUUGUUCAAGUCUUGAGUUGAAGAUGAUCAUUGAAAUAAAAAAAAGCACUCAGGCACUAGAGACAGCACAGUAUUUGAAGAAUCUAUUUUCAAGUUAUCAGUUGCAUGACAAAGCUCUUGUUUGUUGUUAUUUUCCUGGUGUAAUAUACCAGGUACGCAAGGUGGAUCCUAACAUUGUGACUGCCCUUGUGUGGUGGCGGGACAGCAUGAGCUACAUAAUAACAGGAGGAAAGGAACUAUUUGAGAUAGACAGUUCUAUCAAAGUAGCAGUUCUGAGUUUCUUUGAUAGAAUAUGGGAAUCAAUGAUACCUUGGUUUCUUGAUUUUGUUGGGGUUCCUAUUCUUUCAUGUGCAAAGGAACAUGUGUGUGGGGACAUGCUGGAAAUGUGGAAUGGACAAGGUGUCGAUGUGGUAACAUGGACUGUCAAUCAACUGAAAGCCAAGGACUUUUUUAUGGAAUGCCUUGAUUGCCCUGUGAUAACUGACUGUGUACGACGCGAUUCAGUUUGGAAUUAACUAACAUUCCAUCAAAGGAAAUUCAUAUCAAUUUAUAGCAAAAUGAAUGCAAUUAAUAUUUAUUUUCAGUAACCUAAGUUCUUUAAAUUUUUUCCAGUCUGUGUGAUACAUCUGAUGUACUUACUACGAUUAUCAGUUGAGUAAGGCGGGACAAAAGUUUGGUCACCAAGUUUUAACGUAAAAAUCGUGUUGUUGUCACGAGCAACUGGCUCUGUAUCCAUUGGCAACUUGUUGGCCUUUGACGUCAUCGGCAGCAAAGCAUGCGAAAUUGUAGGCGAUGCACGGCUGUUGAUAUUGUUACCAACGGAAACGAGGUAAGUUGCCCGUGACAACACCAUAAUUUUAAGGCCAAAACUUCAUGACCAAACUUCCUUUGUGCCUUACUCAACUGAUAAUCGUAGUAUUAGCAUGCAACAGCUUUGUUGAACAAGGUGGAAUUAGCCUGCGUUGCAGACGGAAAUUAUUCACCUGUAAAUAACCUCUAGUAACCCGUGGUAGGUUGUGUCUGCGAUGCAGGCUAGGUGGAAUAAGGCAUGCAGCAGUAGUAAGUUUCUAUAUGUAUGAUGCAGAAAAGCCCGGGUAAUGGACUCCCAUAUGAGAGGUCAGGGACACUUGUUGUCUCACUUAGGGGUAGAAAUCAAGGAUUCUGAUCUCACUUAGGGUGUUCAUGACGAAACGCCACUAUUUUUAGCUGUCAAAGUAUCUUUUAGGGUGCACUUAAAAAUGCUCUUAUUUCUGUUGUUAGGCCCGAUUUCUGAUGAUCUCUUGAGUCCAAUCUACUAUCGUGGGCUCCUUUCCUGAACAGUGGGUGGUAAUCGAGCCUAUUCGGUUUUAAGUGGUAACUUUUAGGGGUCAAAUACAGCUAGAGCCACACCUAGAUUGGUCUCCUUUAGGGGUUUAAUUCAAAUUUUCAGACAAGCAAACCACUUUUUCAUAUGGAAGUACCCCCCAGGCAGAUGAGCAGCUGGGUACUCUGCUCUUACAUCCCCUUUUAAAUCUUAGAGAAGUUGAAAUCUACAAUUUGUAUGAUCUAACUUGGGAGCGAGGGGGAAAAAGACGUAUAUUUUGCUAUCCAGAUGCUUUCAGAGGUAAUAUAAAGUUAACAUAAAGUGUUAUAAUAAGGUAUUUUUGUGUGGAACCUGUUUAACAGGAUUUAAGAGGAUCCUAUUUAAGAAAAUCUGAAACUUCAUGUGUUCAAUGACCAAUAGUGUUGUGGUGCAAUACACUAAGAAAAACAUGGCAUUUUUGUCUGUCACCUGACACAAGAUAAUUUGUCCACUGGGUGUGGUUAAAAAUGUGCUAAAUUAUGUAAAAUUAAAGCCUGUAAAAAGCACUGAAACAAGAAUUUGUCAAAACUUUAGUUUACUGCAAAAGGCAAAACAGAAAUUCACAGGACAUACAUGUUUGCUUGAAAGGAGCAACAACAGUUGGCAUAAAUGCAAUAAACUAGUAACUCAAAAGGUUUUAUUGAA